UAUAAAUUGACAGAAAAGUGCCACUCAAAAUUUCGAAUAACACCUCAAUGGAGCGAUACAGAUUAAAUCGUUAUCAUGAAAAGACGCUCGCAUAUUUUUUUUUCACUCCGAAAAUAAAAUUUCAGUGCGACGAUAAGUUUCGGGAGCCGCACUCUAAAUGUUCACAGCCUCCGAUAUUAUUCCUUAAAUUAAUUAAUUAAAGUUACCGUAAUUUUUCUAUUUUUAAUUAUAGAAACGUGAGAAUUUUCGAUGCUCUUCCUAAUUUUAACUUAAACGCCUCCACCGCGUGUGCGUGAGUUCCUCUCGUGGUUUUUAAUUACGGUUCAUACGUAAUUUUUCUCUUCGGAAGUGAUAAUAUUCUCGGCGUGAUGUUUUUCGCUGUUGCGAGAUUGGUGUUCUGCGGGUGGUUUCUGGCCUCUGCUGAAGGCGCUACUGGUGACCCCGAACUAACCAUCAUCCAUUUCAAUGACUUUCACGCUCGCUAUGAACCAGUAAAUGCCAAAACUUCUGGUGUCUGUCAUGAGGGCGAUACCUGCGUGGGUGGGUAUUCUCGCCUGUAUUCGAAGAUGCUCGAACUGAAAAGGAACGAACCAAAUGCACUGGUUGUGAACGCCGGUGAUGUCUUCACGGGGACGUUGUGGUUCAAUCUCUUCAAAUGGAAUCUCACUGCCGAAUUCAUGAAUCUCUUACCGGUUGACGUCCAAACUCUCGGAAAUCACGAGUUUGAUGUGGGUGGACCUUAUGGUGCAAUAAAGUAUCUGAAACUUCUACACACUCCUACAGUGCUCUCCAACGUCGAUGCCAUGGAGGAGCCUGGAUUGCGGCCAUUCCUGAAGAAAUUCAUAAUUAUCGAGAAAAAUGGUCUUAAAAUAGGCGUGGUUGGAUACGUCACAACUGAAUACCCGACUACAGAAAAUACGGGUGACUUAGUAUUUGAAGAUGAAUUAGAAGAAACAAGUAAAGUCAUCAUAGAAUUACGAAAACAGAAUGUCGAUCUCGUUGUUGCGGUUUCUCAUUCUGGCUAUGAGAAAGAUAAGGUUAUUGCGGAGUCCCUCGAUGCUGAUAUUAUCGUUGGUGGUCACUCUCACACUUUACUCUAUACUGGAACUCCUCCAUUGCCGGGAGACAAACCUCAAGGUCUGUAUCCGACAGUCAUAACGCAGGAAAGCGGUCGGCAAACUUUGAUUGUUCAAGCAUCGGCUUACUCCAAAUAUUUGGGUUACUUAAAAGUACAAUUCGAGAAAAAGAACGGAAGGUUGCAAGUAAAAUCAUGGGAAGGGAACCCUAUUUUAUUGGACGAAACUGUGAGCACAGAUCCUGGGAUUGAGGCGAAACUGACUCCGUGGCGCGAUGAAGUAAAUCUAAUUGGAUCGAAGGAGAUUGGCCGAACUUUUGUUGAUUUUGAGAAAUCAACUUGGGCCUGUCACAUCGGUCCAUGUAUGAUCGGCAGACUGAUCACCGACGCAAUGAUUUACGAGUACGUCCAACAAAGAGAAGGUCGCAGUUGGACAAAAGCUGGUGUGGCUAUUCUUCAAUGUGGAGCGAUACGAUCAUCGAUCAUGCACGGAAACAUCAGCUACGCUGACCUCUGGAAUAUCUUGCCCUUUGAGGAUUCUUACGGCAUGGUAGAACUUAACGGGCAGCACUUCAAAGAAAUGUUAGAAUUCUCAGUGCAACAUGAAAAUUCGCCGUUUUUGCAAAUGUCAGGCGUGAAAGCGAAAUUUGACUUCACAAAGCCAGUAGGAGAACGAGUCUCGGAUAUUUUUGUGCGAUGCUCGACGUGCUCAGUGCCCACAUACGAGCCACUUCUUACUCACAAAUAUUAUCGAAUAAUCAUGGCUGCGUACAUGUACAAUGGAGGAGAUGGAUACGAUCUCAUCAAAAAACGCGCUAGAUUCUGGACUCCAGGAAACUUGGAUGUAGAGGUUUUUUUGAACUAUAUAAAAACGUUUAGCCCUUUGAUCUUUGAACUGGAUGAAAAUGUCUCUGUAAAACUGACACCUGAGUAUGUGCAGCGCAUGAAAAGAGCCAAAGGAUUUGAUCUAGAAGUAUAUCCCUGAUUAAGGGUAUGAUUGGAUAUGAGGGGUAUGAUAUAUUCUCUGUUACGAAUGGUACGAUCCUUCAAUAAGCUCUGACCAGUAUAAAGUGUUGUAUUUUUCCUC